AUGAGUCGACGGAUGCACCACGAAGAGGAAGUGUUCAAACCUCGUCUUCUUUUAUCACCCUCACCGGCCCACGGUGGUUACUGGGGUUCGUUCCCAAGAGAACAUUCUCUUGGCGAAGAAAAUUCAUCAGUGCAUGGAGUUCUACUUGAUUCCGGUCUUUUUGAUGGCACUAUACGAAUUGAUGAUGAAGAAUAUUACGUCGAGCCAGCCAAAAACUAUUUUUCUCCGCUCCAACAUUUUCAUUCAGUGGUUUACAAACUGUCCGAUGUGCAUUUUCCCGAAACGAAUAGGACAUGUAUGCCUUCUGUAGGAAAAAUUCGACAUCGUAAACGUUCUAAAUUUGUUUCUAGUUUGAGAAAAUCCGAUAAUGCUCAGUUGAAUCUCGUAGAACAAGAACUUCUAAAAUCCACAGAAUAUUCUGUAAAUAAAUACCAUGUAAAAAAAUUGUACUGGAAAAACAAAUUACGAAAGAAUUCUAAGAGUAGACGGCAUAGUAAACAUCAUAAUAGAAACCAUUUAAAAAUUACCUCUCAACAUGCCUUUCAGAAUAUAGAAAACGAUGUGUAUGAUUCUAUGCACCAUAAUUCAAUUAUGUCUAAAAGCUCCAAAGAAAAUUUGAAAUCCUGGUUAUCUCAUAAAUCUUUCCAUAAUUCAGUGUACAACUCAAGUGCCAACAAUGACAACUCAUCAUCAUCUUACUUGAACGCAGAAUCAUCAUCAACCUUCCCUUGGGACAUCAGCCAGAGAGCAGAUCUUACGGAAAUAACGUCUAUUUCGACAAUGACUGCGGAUUAUGACCAUGCCACGUUUUUCAAUCUGAGUGUCACUCCUACAGAGACCGUUGCAGAAACGGCAAGUGUGCCAUCUGAACCUGAGCUGUCUGUAGAAGACAAGCGCAAUGUACCAUAUUGGCGAGAGCUGGAUGCUUUGCAUUACACUGAAGAUGGAAGGACUGGGAGUUCAGAACCAUAUGGUGUACGAUCCAUACAACGAACGCAGUGGUCAGAAGAUCGAGGACAAAGGCAUGUUGCUGUUGACCGUAGGAAGAGCACCUGUCUGCUCUAUCUCCAAGCAGACCAUCUUUUUUAUCAAAGAAUGGGAAGUGAAGAAGCAUGUAUCGAUGCUAUGACGAGACAUGUUCAACGAGUGAAUAGCAUAUAUAGGACAACUGAUUUUGACCAAGACGGGCGUCCAGAUAACAUCUCUUUUCUGAUCAAGAGGAUAAAAGUUCAUACGAAACCUGAUGAUCCAGAAUAUAGAUUCGUAGGCAGUUACGGUGUUGAGAAAUUCCUGGAACUUUUUUCUGAAGAUGAUUAUGACGCUUUUUGCCUCGCAUACAUGUUCACUUACCGAGAUUUUGAAGGUGGAACAUUGGGUCUUGCUUGGACAGGAGAUCUGAAGAACGCUGGAGGAGUGUGCGAAAAGAAUGGUCACUACAGAGGCAGCUUAAAAAGUUUAAACACUGGCAUCAUAACACUAUUGAACUACGGCAAGCAUGUACCACCAGUUGUGUCUCAUGUUACAUUGGCUCAUGAGAUUGGACAUAACUUUGGAUCACCUCAUGAUCCAGAGGAUGAUCUUCACUGCACUCCAGGGGGAGAUCAUGGCAACUAUAUAAUGUUUGCUCGUGCAACAUCUGGUGAUAAGAAGAAUAACAACAAGUUUUCACCUUGUAGUUUACGGAGCAUCAAUGCGGUCCUAAAUACGAAAGCCCGUAGUGUAAAAGGUUGUUUUACGGAGCCAUUGGAUGCUGUGUGUGGAAAUGAAGUAGUAGAAGGGGCUGAAGAAUGUGAUUGUGGUUGGGAGGAGGAUUGCCAUGAACCUUGUUGUUUUCCAAUGAGGGUUAACCCUCCACAGGAUCAGCCACCGUGCAGACUUCGUCCAGCAGCAUUUUGCAGCCCUAGCCAAGGACCUUGUUGUUCUCAAGACUGUCGUUUAAAGUAUGGUGUUCUGUGCAGAGAAGAUAAUGGUUGUCGGACUGCAAGCUACUGUGAUGGACAAGGACCUUUGUGUCCUCCCUCUACAAAAAAACCUAAUAAGACUGUAUGUAGUGAAGAAUUUGUGUGCUACAAUGGGGAAUGCACUGGUUCUAUAUGUAUGGCAUAUGGCUUAGAAUCCUGUCAGUGUGUAAGAGGUUAUCAUGAUCCUCUUGUCCGCUCUUGCGAAUUGUGUUGCAAAAUUCCUGGGGAUGAGCUAAGUUGCAAAUCCUCAUUUGAAUGGAAUUUACCCCCUUAUGAUGUGCCAGAUUUAUAUGCAAAACCUGGAGCUCCUUGUGACAAUUAUAAUGGUUACUGUGAUGUUCACCAAUCUUGUAGAGAAAUUGAUCCAUCAGGACCUUUAGCUACUCUUCGCAAUUUGCUGAUGUCACCCGAGGGAGUAGCAAUUUUGAAAAAAUGGAUUGCUGAAAAGUGGUGGAGUAUGCUUCUGCUAUUUUUGGGUGCAGCAAUAACUGUGGUGUUAUCAGUGAGAUUACUGACACGGAGAAAUGCAAAAAGUUUCCUAUCUACAAUAUUACCUGGCCAAACAGACUUUCGUAUAUGCAACAUUCGAUCGUCUUCUCGAUCACAUCCAUCUUGUCUUGUAACGUCUCCAUCGGGUAAUUCCGGCCACAUACCAUUGAGCAAGAAUAAUAGAAUCUCGCGACCACGCAUCAGCGCAGCUCCUGAGAAUGGUUGGGUUUGAUUUGAACUUCACAGGAGAAAACUGAUAUUUUGAAAUUGUGUCAAAUAUUAUUCAUAUUGGGACUCAAAAAAUGAAUGAAGCUAUUUUCUUUGGAUAAGUAUUACAAUUGACUGUUAUGCUGGUGAAAGGCUGUGAGUGAAUCUAAAUAAAGUCAGCAGUAUUGAAUUUGAAACAUUUUGAGGAACAGGAUUCUCAGUGCCAUAAAUAGAUAGUUUUGCAUAAUGAAGAAAAUAUAGAAGAAUAGCAGAAAGCAGUGCAUUUUGAAAUUCAGAAAUUCAUUUUUAAGCUUGUUAAUGCAUUUAAAAUCAGGCAGCAUCAUUAAAGCUUUACAGUAAAUCAACACCUGUUUUGCAGUCCUAGUAGUUCUUUAUAACUAAAUGAGAGAUUCUUUUAAAGCCUUAUACAUAAAAUUGUGUCCAUGCAAAAUAAACAAGCUAAAAGAAAAGUGAUGAUUUAAAGUGAUUUUGAAGCUCAACAUUUGUGUGCAAUUAUUCUUUUUUAAUCAUAACAAAAAAUUUAAAUAAAAAUAAAAUUAAGUUUUUAAGCUUCUCUUAAAUUUGAGACAUAUAUAGAUGAGCUUGUUUUAUUCAGUUACGUAAUAAUCUAUUAUUGUUAGUCCUUCAUCAUUCUCAGAUCUCAGAUAAUUGACAAUAAAAUUUAUGAAGGAAAGAUAAAUGUUUUAAUAUUAUUCUAUAUAAAAAUCACCAGAUAUUGUUUAUAUAAAUGACGGGGGAUUUAUUAUUAUUUUCUGUUAUCUAACAGUUGUGAUUAGUUGUUAUCAAUAAUAAUGCUAUAUUUAGGUAUUAGUUUAUAAUCACUUAACUUUAUUAUUUAGGUAGUUUUGAUAAAUGGAAAUGUUAAUUUAUUUCUGAAUGUUUGUUUUUGAAUGUUUAUUAAUUUAUGUUUAUGAAUUCUUACUUUAUUCACUAUGUUUAUGAGCUUAUGUUUAUUCGUAUUGUUAUAUUCCUAACGUAGUUUAGUGAAUCAACAUAUUAUGUCAUUUUUCAUUGUCAUAUAAUAUGUGAUAUUUAGUUUUAUUUGUAUUGAUUAUUUAAAACAUGAAAGUAAAAAAAACAUGAAACAUGAAAGAAAAAAAAAAUGAAAGUAUUAUCUACUAGAAUUUUUACCUUUCUUUACUGGAAAUUUUGCUUGGUUAGAUUAUAUUUAAAUAUUGCUGAUUAGGUAAUUAUGGGAAUUGUGAUACUUUAUUAUUCGCACAUUUAAUUAUAAAAUUAUUAUUGUUGGUGCUAGGAACAUAAGUUAUGCAUUGUGCAAUUGUUUGAUUGAGAAUAUUCUAAAGGCAAAAAUAUUAAGCAUGUAAUUUUUAAUAUUAUUAUCAAAUAUUAUGUGCAGUUGUAAUUUUAUAUACUAUUUUCCUUACCUUUGUUUUCUCCUAAUUGACAUUAUUUGAAUUUAUGAGAAAAGAAAAAUAUCUUUAAUUGAAAAAAAUUAAUGUAAAAUUCAAGAUUUUUUAAAUUAAAAAUAGGAUUGUUUUUGAAACUCAUUUCUGCUUUUCUUUUUGUAUGUAAGAAUAUUCUGUUUCACUCAUUUCUAGUGAAUACAUGUAACAGAAAUAGGAAUUUUCAGGGAAACAUUCAUUAGCUAGAAGAUUUUUAAUUAUUUAUAUAUAAUUUAUUAAGUAUCUAGGUAUAUCCAAAAGCUUCUGGCCUUAUAUAUUUCUAAAAGAAAUAGACACUUUUAAAAAUUUAUUUUUCAAUAUAAUAGCUUUGUACUUUGAUCCACUUUUCACAUCAUUCGUUAAGCAACUCUGUGCACCCUAAAAAAGUGUAAUGCUAGUUUGUGGCUAAAAAUGAACAUAAAGUAUGUUCUUGAAAUGUUCCAUUGCUGUUCUUUUCACAUUACUGUCAUCAUUCAGUCUCUUUCCAUGAAGGCCAAACUUCUGAAAUUCUAGAGAACAUUUCUUUAAAAUUCAUCAGGAGAAUCCCUUGACAAUCUGAAAAGAUGGCCAUUAUCUUUUUGAUUGAUUGCAGCACCAUUGUUUUUCUUGGUGGUGCUUCACAUAGUUUUCUCCACUCUGUUGAUUGCCUCUUCAAUAAAGGAUUGUAACACAGGACCAUUGUUUCAUCACAGUCAUGAUUAACUGUAAAAAUUCAUGAUUUAAUCAUACAAAUCAUGACAAUUCAUAAAUUGUCAUGAUUUGUCUAAAUCAUAGAAGCUUUUGAGCUGCAAUAAAUGUUCACAACAAAUGAUACAUUGUUAUUUUUGAAUUCUUGAAAGAACUUGAGGCACUGAUAAUGCAGAGACUUAUCAAUGCUCAACUCUGAUGUUCAUGUGAAUGUGUUUUUGUUAGAAUGUGCAAAAUUAUCAAUCUUAUUUUAGAUUCAUCCAAUCUUUCUGCUGAUGGCUUAAUUUUUAAUCUAUCACUCAAUAUUUUCUCCUGGAUACAAAUAGUAUUUUGUAAUGCCAGUGCCUUCAAUAGUCGAACCAAAUGAAAAUCAUCAUCUAUGAAUCCCUGGGCCAUGUAAAAUUGUUUUAAUGAUUUUUUCACUAGAAAGAAGAAAGAUAAAUCACCAUGCAAUGUGGUCUAAACAUUGCUUUAUUUCCUUGACUUUCUUUUGUCAAAAAUUAAUCACAGAAUAAUACUCAGUUUUAAAUAUUUUAUAAAUAACUAUCAUGUCACUUCAUUCAGUGAGCAGUCUGAAAAGAACAUAACCAAUUUCACUAAUAUUUAAAUAUUAAUAAAUAAUUUAAAUAUUCAAAUUUAUUCAUUUAGUAUUAUCACUACGUGUAUUGUAUAGGAUUAAUUUAUUAUCAAACCAUGCUUUAUAUAUGAGGGUGGAAUCUUUUGGAUCUGCAUACAUAAUUCACUUGUAAUUGAAUAAAAAUAUUCAACUUAACAUUUUCUCACACAUUGGUUCCAUGUAAGUGGGAUUUCAGAUUUUUAAUUUUUUAGUCAUCCUAGAUACAGAAAUGUGCAUAGUUCUUUGUAUAUUAUGAUCUCUAUAUGAAAUAAAGUGAACUGUAAAUGAAUAUAAGAAUUUAGAUUAUAAAAUUCUUAAAGACAUGUUAUGUAAAUGAUUAUAAGACUAUAGAUUAUAAAAUUCUUAUAAAUUCUUUAUUGAGAGCAAAUUGAAUAAACAAAAGAUUCUGAUUAAUUGAAAGAUUUUCUUCCCUGAAAACACUUUUUUGUGGCUAAAAAUGAAAUUGAUCUAUUUACAACUAUUAAUUCAUCUAAGUCUAAUAUUUUAAAAUGUCAAAAGAACCUAUAUGAUGAUCUUUUCAAUGAUUUUAGUAAUGAAGAUAACGACCAUAGGGGCUUAUUUUUUUUUCAUUUGCUUAUUUCCAUCAUAGAAAUUUUCUUGAUUGAAAAGCAUUUACUUACUGUCUGAUACAUCUUAUUUCAAUUUUUGGUGCUAUUUUGUCCCUUUUUCCACCUGUUUUUUUUUUUUUUUUUUUUUCCUUUGUUAUUUAGCUGCAACAUAAGAUUAUGUAGCUAAGAUUCAUGAAAGCUAAAGAACGACAUUUAAAUCUAUUAUUUUUUCCUGCCUUUUCACAUCCAUGGUAUCUGAUUGUGUUCAUGGAAGGAGUGACCUUACCAUUUGCUGAAUACCUUUUUUUGAGUUCUGUGCAAAUUGUAUUUUAUAUCUGUAGUAUUUCAUGCAGGCAAAUAUUACUUAAAAGUUUUCCAUAUGAUGUAGCUAUCAUUCAUCCAUUUACUUUGCAAUCUUAUCCACCACUCCAAAGGCAAGCUUAUGUAUAUGUAACAGAAAAUGUAUGACAGCAUUAUAUAACUUAUUCAAGAAGUUAGAAAAAAUAAAAUGCCAUUAGAAUAGUUUCAAUAUACCUCUUUAUUCUGGAGAUAUGUGACUUCAAAGUAUUAUGAUGUAAUUUCUGGCUGAGUAAAUGGAGGCUCACUGAAGAUUUAUUCUCAAUUAUAUUCUUUUUGUCUGCAGAUCAUCAUACUUGAAACACAUCUGUUUCUUCUUAUUUGGCCAUAUGAAAUCAGUUAUCUACCAGGAGCUUUUAGAGAGGACCUCAUUGUGUGCAUUCAGUUAGCCUUUAAUAAACCUGGAAGACACUAGGUAUUUCAGAAUGUGUUAGAAUGCAAUAAUCUGAAGAUGCAGUGCUUUUUACAUCGAUGUCAAUAGUUGGCAGUUUUAGUACUAACUAUGAAGUACAUCAUGCUGGACACUGUGUUGACAUACACAUGUAUGAGCUUUCAUCUGCAUUACUCAGUAAUGUACUAUAAUAAUGUAAUGGUUUGGAUUUUCCUCUGCGUAUAAAAAAGAAUGUACCAUGAUUAAUAAUUUGAUAAUGUAGGCAUCAUUUUAUUAAACAUUUACUUGCAUGAAUUAUAUUUACUUAACACCUGGCAUGCAUUUGAAUCUCAGGCACAGUUACUGAGAGAAACGAUUAGUAUUUCCUGGUGCCCAUUAUAUGUUUAUUCUGUACCUAUGUGGCUUGUUUUACUUAUCAAGUACUGUCACUUUUGCAGGCAUUAGUUUGCAUUGAAUGCUAUUACUGCAUCGUGGUAUCUGUUAGUUUGCAUAGUGAUAUCGUAGGAAUUUUAGAUUGCCUUAUCUCAUGAAUGAAGUGGUGCAGCAAAACUAUUGUAACAGCAUUUUAUUUCUGAAUAUUACUCUAAAAAUCAGAGUUGAGUAUUGCUAUUAAUAGUCAGUGACUUUAUGUGGCUAGUUUCUAUAUACUGAAUGGCAGUAUACUGGAAAAAUGUUUCUAUAAUUAUAAAAAUACAGUUUUGAAGGUGAAACAUUUUCAGAAUUAUUUGUUUACAGUUCAUUUGAAUGAAUGUAUGAAGUAAACCACGAAGAUGUAUUUAAAGUGCUUUUAUUAUCAAAAGAUUAUUAUGUAUUUUAUUAUGAUAUAAAACAAUAUUUCAUAAUGGUAAGUUAUUAUAUUAUAGUGAUAGCAUGUAAGUAGAAUUUUAAACAAUCAGAAAGAUACUCUUCAAAAUUUGAGCUUUCUGGUGAGACAUAGUCAGGAUCUAAGAUCUGUGGAAUGUGCAUUAUUCAAAUAACAAUUUUAUGAAUUUUUUCGUUUAAACGAAAUUAAGUUUGAAUUUUUGGAAAUGUGAUUUGUUUGAGAUAAUAAUUUAAUGAAUAUUUUUUGAAGAUAAAUAAACCUUGUCAUAAACCCAUUGCUUAUAAAUGUUCUAUGCAGUUGAUGUAAGCUAUGAUAUUUAAGAGCACUGUCUUCCAUAGAUAGUGAUUGAAUGAAUAAGAUAUUAAAUUUUUUAUGGAUAAAAUGUGCCUAAGAUAUUAUACAUUGAAUAAUAUUCAAAAGAUUCAGUAAGAAGAAAGAAUUGCCUGUGCUUUUACUAUAAAAUUUUAUUUUUCAUAAAAUAACAUAUAUUCAGUCAAUGAAGGCUGAUAAAAAUAUGUCAGAUAUUCAUUUAUCUAAAUUAUUUCAAAUCUUAGUACAAUGUUGUAUCUCUAAUUUUUGGAUUCUUGAAAUUGUGACUUACUAAUUAUCUAUUAAGGCCUUUCCAAAGCUGCAUUAUGGCAAGGCUCUUAUUUUGUUAAAAAUUGAAAUUUAUGCAUUGUGCCAAAGAAUUUAACUGUAUUAGAUAAUUGUGUAUUCUGCACUAAAUAUGUUUAUAUGUUUCACACAUUUUGAUUUAUAUCUUUAUUUCUAUUGAAAUAAUUCUAUUUCAAGGUGUCUAAUGCUGCUGUGGUAUAGUUAAACACUGUGGUGUCAUAUUGAAGGUUUUAAUGGUUAUAAAGAAAAUUUUGUCUUAUUUCAAAGCCAUUAACAAAAUUAUGUGAACAUGUUUAUAUUUAGUGUAAAUAUAGUUUUUCAGAAUUUAGUUUCAAUUUCCUGAGAAAUGCAAGGUGCUUACAUUUAUAUUUUUAAAAAUAAUUUUCUUUAAUCAUAAGAAAUGAUUGAUUUGAACAUUUUGCAAUUCCUGGAGUUUUUUUUUUUUUUUUUAUUAUUUAUUUACUAUAUUAUUAUUUAAUUUUUUAGUUAUUUGUUUUCUUCAUGGUUUUAAGAAAAUAUUUACAAAAUCGCACUUUUUUUGGAUUUCCUUAGGUUAAAAUCUGUCUUUAAAGAAUAUAAUGUUUAAUUUAACAUUUAAAUCAAGUAGGAUUGUUAAAAUAGUUCUUCUAAACUGCAUGGAAAGUAAGUGCUUCACUGACAAUUGUUUUAUCUAUUAGAUAAAAAAUGAACUUCUACUCUAAACACUGUUUAUAUUUUCAUGUUUAUUGAAAGAAAUACCCUCAUAACAAGCAUGUAAUUCAAGCUUAUGUAAUUUACUACUGUACCCUGCAUAAAAUUUUGUUCACUCAUCUUGUGUAGUUUAGAGAAGACAACUUUACUGGUGGUUAUUCCAGAGUCUUAAUGCAUAAUUAUAUAUGCCCUUGCACAAACAUUACUACUUAUGCAGUUUUUACUUUUAUGUAUAUAUUACAUUAGAGGAGUUGAAGUUAUUUCCCCCCUUGAUGUAAUUAAUUGUGCAAUUUAAUGCAUUUAUAGACCAUGUCUCUGCUGUGAUAUAAUUCUAGUCAUUUUUCUAUAUUGUUGUUAUGUAUUAACGCAUAUUUUACUGUGUUUGGUUUUAAAUACACCAAAAAUAUGCUGUUUUAUUCAGAUUAUUGUUUUUUGUUAUUGUUGUUAUUUCCUGUGCUUACAUACCAGUAAUAUGGGCAGUAUAACAAAAAAAUUGCUAAAGUGAAUAAGAAAUAACAUUUAAAAUUAAUUGACAGUAAAAUCUCUUAAUAUCUAAUUUCAUUCCAUUAUCUGUAAAAUAUGGUAAAGUGGAGAGGAACUUAAUAGAAUCAGUAAGUAUGAUUAGCUGUUAUGUAGACAGUUUUUACAAGGAAAUUAAAUAAAACUAAUAGUAAUUGCAGUUUUUGAGUUAAAAUGGAUUAGAAGAAAUGAGUCACUGUAAAGUAGAAUGUUUUGUUGUAAAUUGUAAUUUAAUUUUAAUUUUUUGUGCAUUUUGAUUUUGCAGUCUUAAUGAUAAUUAAAAUAUAUAUAAAUAUAUAAAGCAGUUAAACAAACUCUUUACCUCAAAGAUUGUGGGGCAUAUGAUAAAAAAAGCAUGCUGAAAAUGUAACCCUUAUAACAUCUAUAGUUUGAAUCCAAUCUUGAUGGCAUGCAGUUUGCUGACUUUGACACACCUUGCAAGGAAUGCCUGCCAACUUUGAACUAUCUGUAUUUCUUUGGAGAAAACUUUAUUUAAAUUGCUCUUCUGAAAAUACACAGUAAUAAACUGCUAUUGUGCUGUAGAGAAACAAAUAAAUAUAUGUAAGUUAUAUAGAUAUUUAGUGGUAUCUGGAUAAUCUGCCAGAAUUUAAAAAGGCUGUUUUCAGAGUCCCCAUAGGAUCAGUUUUCGAAGUGAGGAAAUAAAAAUAAUGAAUAGAUAUGUAUAGAACCUUAAUAUUUAUCUAUUUAUUCAUGUAUGAGGUUUAUUCAUUUACAUUUUAUUUAAUGACUUCAUAUUGACAAAGAAUGCAGGAAAGUAUGUAUUCUUUGUCAGUAGCAACUAACUUAAUAAGGAACUUAUUGAAAAAUGUGACAAGAAUUUUGCAAAGUUCUGAAAAUUAUCCUUUUGUAGGAAGAAGCUUGAUAUUUUAGGUUUACAUUAUGCAGGUGCUGUAUAUUUCAUGUGGUAAUCAAUAUGCUGAUUAUAAAUUAAACAUUAAAAAAAAAAAAAAAUCUGAAACCUUUCGGAUUUUAAAUUAUGUCCAAAGGGGCGUUUUUAUAACAUUUUGUGUGUUACCUUUAUUUAUUAACUAUCAUGUUCU